AAUCUGAGGCUCAGUAGAUGCUCUCCGGAUGUCUGCUUCAUCAACAAGUGUGAUGAUGAGGCUAGACUCAUGGCCAACAUCCUGUUCCCCCUGAACAGUGAGGGCCGAAUUCGGAGGCGAGGGUGUGUGUUUCUGUCUGGAGUAAAGGUGGGUGCUCUGCGUGUGCAGCUGGGUGCUGCCUGUGCCAUGCGCCUGUCCACUCCUUCUGUGUCACGGAAGUGGUGUCCAGCACGCCAAAGGCCAGUAUCCCAGGCUUCAGUUUGGGGUAAUAUUCAGGGUGGGGAGACAUUUUCCUGUAGAACUGUUAGAGUUUCUUGAGCCAGUCCUAGAGAGGAGCUUAUCUAUAGUACUCCUUAGCUGUGACACCAGCCUGAAUUUUACCCUUGAAACCUGCAAAUAGGUAGAACAUUCUGGCCCCUUUCUUGUCUCUCCCUCCCUCCCCUGUGUCCUUGCAUUGAGUGGCUUUGCCUCACUUUCUUCUGCUUCUGUCCCCAGAAUGCCCUUUGUGCCACGAUUGCUACUUCUCUCCAUCCCCUCAAAAAUCUUUAUUCCCUACAGCUGAUCCAGCCUCACAUAAGGAAGACGAUACCGGGUUACAUGAGUGUAUGUUAAGGUCCGGGCGCCCACCCCAAGUGUUCAGAACUGAGGUGAACUCCGGAAGAACUGAGGUGAUGGUGUGGAGUAAUUUUCUGGAUGCGGCUGUAGGUCUGUCUUGGGGUCAUUCUAGGGACCGAGCCUCUGGGAGUUGUUAAGCCUGCGGAAGAUCAGAGAGGCGCUGCUGACGUGCCUGCAGUAGAAUGUGGAGGACGGAGCCUUUGGCCUUCUGUAACUGUGAAGUGGGAGGCUCAGGCCUUCCCUGGUGUCCCCACCAAGCACAGCCCCACCCCCCGCCAGCCUCCGCCAGAGCUUUCUGCAGUCAGUGUCCCCCCAGCACUCUGCAUCCAGCAUCGUCACGUUGUCCGAGGUGGCCAGCUUGCUCGCCUCCCUGCACAACACCCACUGCACAGGGAGGAGAGGUGGAAGUGAAGCGUGUGCCAGCCAGGCGUUGUGCCCUGUGGAUAAGGCUCUUGCCCGUGUUGCUUUGCCAGGCCCUCCAGGAAGGUCCCUGUGAUGCAGGGAGUGUCGGCCCCAUUGGUUGUGAUGGAGACUGGCACUUGGGGAGGCCACGUACCAGCGGCAGGUAGUCUGUUGGAAAGACCUUUCUGUGGAACGGUCCUGUCUCCCUUGACUGUUAGCCAUAGAAUCUGCUGCUUUGAGAUUUUGGGAAGCAACACGAAAUAGACAGUCCUGGCCGUGUGGGAGCGUGAUGAGGGGGAUCCAAGGGGUCAGCCGGCCAGCUGUGUCAGAGUGUGGCUUCCGGGAGGUUCCUCUCAGCUCAUCGUGCUGCUCAGAGCAAGCCUUUUCUUCCACAUCCCACCACUUUCCUUUUAGGACACCCUGAUUUUUGUGCUGCCGUCUACCCUGCCAGCACGUGUGUGUUUUCAAGAGGGUGACGUGAACAGUGGAGAUGGGAGGGGCCGUGGUCAACUGUGGCGACCUGCGGUUAUGCCUGAGGUGCACCGUCUUCAGUAAGCCGGGGUGCCGUCUCUCCCGUUAAACCUGCAGGAAGAUGAAAAUCCCUGGUUCUGGACCCUGGAACUGCACCAAGGAGAAAGUAUACCCAAGUGGCGAAACCGCUCUCUGCUGGGGCUGCCGCGCAGAGAAGUGGAAAGGCCCUGAGAUCCCAUCUGCACUGCACCAGCCCUCCACAGGCUUGCUGGGUCAUCUCUUGAUGUGCAGCUGCGGUCCUGUCCUGUUCUGGUUUUGCCUGUGUUCUCACCAUAGCAGUUUAUGUUUUAGCUAAGUUGCUGAACUCAAUAGAUACAUGCAUCUGCUUGGUUAAAGAGUGGGAAUGCAGUGUUAAUUGUUUGCAGCAGCCUAGGAAAGGGACCAUUGUCUUCCGGCCUAAUAAUUAAAUUCAAAGCAAGGACCUUACCUGAAGGAGAAGCCCACACCUUCUCCAGCAGCCCCUCUCCCCUGUCUAGGGCUAGAAGCUGUCAUUCCUGCUUCUCCUCACUGGAGGCCCUUGCUCCAACUGCCUCGCCAGCCUCAGGGCCUUCUCCUCCCUGCACCUCCCCUUCGCUCCAGCCGACCCAGCCCUCCUGCAGUUCCUGCGUUGCCUCAGGCUCUGUCUUGUCCCUGUGACCUUGCCUUUACUGCCCUUGUCUUUCUCUCCAUGAUUCCUCUCCUGCCCACAGUCUCCUCGGGAUCUGGUGGCCUCACCAGUCUGCAUCUCUCCCUCUGCAGCCUCUCUGCCGCCCGCGCACACUGGACUGUGCCAACAGAUUACCUUAGCCUAUUCCUGUGCAGGACCUUCCACUCCAAGAGAUAAGCCCCUGCGAUGGAGGGGCUACUGCACUACAUCAACCCAGCGCACGCCAUCUCUCUGCUCAGCGCCCUCAACGAGGAGCGCCUCAAGGGACAGCUGUGUGACGUGCUCCUGAUUGUUGGGGACCAGAAGUUUCGAGCCCAUAAGAAUGUGUUGGCUGCCAGCAGCGAAUACUUUCAAAGUUUAUUUACAAAUAAGGAGAACGAGUCACAAACCGUCUUUCAGCUUGACUUCUGUGAGCCAGACACUUUCGACAAUGUCCUGAACUACAUCUACUCCUCGUCCCUGUUCGUGGAGAAGGGCAGCCUCGCCGCCGUGCAGGAACUGGGCUACAGCCUGGGCAUCUCCUUCCUGACCAACAUCGUCUCCAAAGCUCCGCAGGCACCCUUCCCAGUGUGUCCCAGCAGGAAGCGAGCACCUGUGGACGAGGACGAGGCCGGCUCUCAGAAGCGGAGUGUCAUCGUGUGCCAGAGCAGGAGCGAUGUGCCCGGGAAAGCUGCUGGUCAGAGCCCGGCUGAACUCAGCCCUGCCUCCCGGCUGUCCCCCAGUGUCACAAGCAGGAACGGUACCAGCAAGCCACACGUCCUGAAGCCGGCAGAACUUCUCCCCAGUCAGUCCUUACCCGAGAAGAGCUGGCUGAAAGAUGGUACCGCGGGGUUUGCAAAGACCCUGGAGUAUCCUGGGCCAUUGGACGACCCGAGUAGAGGCAGUUUGGUGAAGAGAAAUGCAGUGCUGCCCUCCAAGCCUCUGCAUGACAGAGAGGCCAUGGACGACAGGCCAGGGGUGAGUGGUCAGCUUCCAAAAGGCAAAGCCAUAGAACUGGCUCUGAAAAGACAGCGGCCGCCAGUCCUGUCCCUUCGGAGCUCCUCGGAGACACCCUAUCUGUUAAAGGAAACUGGUAAGGGAGGCGGUCAAGGCGAGGAGAGGAACUUGCUAUACUACUCCAAGCUGGGCUUGGUGAUCCCGUCCAGUGAGUCUGGGUCUGGAAACCGAAGCAUCGACAGAAGCGGCCCUCUUGUGAAGAGCCUCCUCCGGCGAUCGCUGUCCAUGGACAGCCAGGUCCCUGUGUACUCCCCCUCCAUAGACCUGAAGUCCCCCCAGGGCUCGGCUGUGGCACCCAAGGACGCACCAGGUGGUAUCUUCUGUGCUUUAUCUCAAAAGGCUUCUUUAAAAGAUGGUAGUGACAGAAAAGCAGCCCUGGACGACCGGCCACAAGUGCUCCAGCCGCACCGCCUCCGGUCCUUCAGCGCAUCGCAGCCCACAGAGCGGGAGGGCCCCACCCCGGUGACCGAGGUGCGCAUCAAGACCGAGCCCAGCAGCCCCCUGUCCGACCCCUCGGACAUCAUCCGAGUCACUGUGGGUGAUGCGGCGGCGGCCACAGCCACAAGAGACCUACCUCUGAAAACCGAGGAGGACCCCAAGGACAUGAGCCGGCUCCCCGCCAAGAGGAGGUUCCAGGCAGACAGGAGGUCGCCCUUCAAGAAGGCGAGGAUCAGCGAGCACGGGCCCGCGGCCGCAGAGGAGGACUGCCAGGAUGGCCCGAGCCCUCCACCCCUGGACGGCGAGUUCCCAGACUCUGACUUGAACAAAGACGAAUUCGGUGAGUUGGAGGGGACGAGGCCAAACAAAAAGUUUAAAUGCAAACAUUGCCUUAAGAUCUUUAGAUCAACAGCAGGCCUUCACCGCCACGCUAACAUGUACCAUAACCCAGAGAAGCCCUACGCUUGUGACAUCUGUCACAAGAGGUUUCACACCAACUUCAAAGUGUGGACACACUGUCAGACCCAGCACGGCAUAGUGAAGAACCCGUCCCCAGCCGCGAGCUCCCACGCGGUUUUGGAUGAGAAAUUCCAGAGAAAGCUGAUUGACAUAGUGAGAGAGAGGGAGAUUAAGAAGGCCCUGAUCAUUAAGCUGAGGCGCGGCAAGCCUGGCUUUCAGGGCCCGAGUGGCUCCCCGGCGCAGCAAGUCAUCAAGAGGAACUUGCGCUCACGGGCCAAAGGCGCGUACAUUUGCGCUUACUGUGGAAAGGCCUACCGCUUUCUCUCUCAGUUUAAGCAGCACAUAAAAAUGCACCCGGGUGAAAGAGCCCUCGGAGUAAAUAAAGUUGCUAAGCCAAAAGAGCAUGCUCCUCUGGCCAGCGCGGUAGAGAGCAAAGAGCUUUACCCGUGCCGCCUCUGUAAUGCUAAGCUCUCUUCUCUUCUAGAGCAAGGCAGCCACGAGCGCUUGUGCCGGAACGCCACCGCUUGCCCUUACUGCAGCCUCAGGUUCUUCUCGCCCGCCCUGAAGCAGGAGCACGAGGACAGGUGUGAGUACAAGAAGCUGACCUGCCUGGAGUGCAUGCGCACCUUCAAGUCCUCCUUCAGCAUCUGGCGGCACCAGGUGGAGCACGUCGCCCCUGCGCCGCCCAAGGACGACACCGCCUUCAGUGACUCUUCGGAGCAGGUGAACUUCGACUCGGAGGACUCCUCCUGUCUCCCCGAAGACCUCAGCGUCUCCAAGCAGCUGAAGAUCCAGGUGAAAGAGGAGCCCGCGGAGGAGGCCGAGGAGGAGGCGCCCGAGGCCAGCAUGGCCACUCGGGACUCGGGCCCCAGCAAGGAGGCCGGGUUGUGGCCCUGCGAGAAGUGCGGAAAGGUGUUCACGGCGCACAGGCAGCUGGAGCGGCACCAGGAGCUGCUGUGCUCCGUGAAGCCCUUCAUCUGCCACGUGUGCCACAAGGCCUUCCGCACCAAUUUCCGCCUCUGGAGUCACUUCCAGUCCCACAUGUCGCAGGCCGCUGAGGAGCCAGCGGUGCAGAAAGAGGCGGAGGUGGGCCCCCUGCCCACAAACUCCCCCUCGCCACCGCCUCUGCCGCCGCCCCCGCCCCUGCCCAAGAUCCAGCCCCUGGAGCCGGACAGCCCCACGGGCCUGCCCGAAAACCUGGCCCCCGCCACAGAGAAACUGUUCGCACCCCAGGAGUCCGACACCCUCUUCUACCACGCCCCGCCCCUUUCGGCCAUCACCUUCAAGAGACAGUUCAUGUGCAAGCUCUGCCACAGGACUUUCAAGACCGCCUUCAGUCUCUGGAGUCACGAACAGACGCACAACUGACACCCGCGCCUCUUCCCUGGCAGGUGGGGGGCCCUGAACUGGACCGUGUCCCUGGAAGCAGAGUAUUUUUUAAAAAGAAUAAUAAAGGCUGGAAAUUGUUAUGCUUGAAUUUAGGCUUGAGAUAAAGUGAUGAUAAUUGGCAUUGUCAUCCUGCAACUCGAGAAACUGAAACACUGCAGUUCCGCACCUCUCAGCGGCCAGGGCUGACUUAGUUUCUUUUGAAGUCGGGUGAAUCUCCAGGAAUUGCGUGGUUCUGCAUUCCAAGGUGUCCGGAUAAUCACAUCAUUGAGGCUUUUGUUUCUUACUCACUUGUAACUAGUGGAAUGCUAGCAAAGCGUUCCUUCCUCUGAUUGUCUCAGACACCUAAUUCUAGUUAAAUCUUAGCCAUGUUCUUAAGACCAAAAAUGUAUCAGAAAGAAGUGGAGUCUCAAGUAUUGAUUUAGAUCUUAAAAUAUUUUAGCAAUAAAAAAAGAUAAACCUCAACUUUAAUAAAUUAUCCUGACACUUGAUAAUAAAAACAAGUAUUUGGUAUUUUGUGGUCAUGUAGGACUUUUCCUUUGUAUGAAAAUUGUGAAGUUUAAAUCAGCAAUACGCACACCUAAACUUUUCUAAGGUAGCAGACCUCGUCCUUGGUCACUCAGUGCAGAGUGCGGUCACGCUGUCAGAAGACGUAUGUUCGGAAAGCAGGUUCACAGGGUCCUGCACAGCCCUCUCCCAGGCCGCUGUCGCCUGCCACAGGCGUGUUCUGACCCCACGCGUGGGCCGUGCAUCCACACUGACUGCGUCCAGUCCUGGCUCACACACCCGGGAAGGACAGGCAGUGUGUGGGGUCCUCUCGUUUAUGUGUCACAGAUUAAGGGCCUGAGUGAAACUGGAACAGAAAAACCAAAGCUGACGGGCAGCACUCACUCUGAAUCUCACGAUUAGUGUGACAGGGAGGCGGGGCAUGUGUCAAGACAGGAUGGCCACUGCCGCCCGAGCCUCCGCUCCCUGAGCCCACACCGCAAUGCCAGGCGGUGGGAGAGUGCUGCUGACUCCCUCGGUAGUGGGCUCUGUGCCCUUCUGCUGUGAGCCACUGCUGAUACUCAGAUGUGUAUGAACGCACGUAGGAAGGGUCCAAAGUGAGCUUUUGAUACUUAUUUUGGUCCAUAGGGUUUGAGGGGCUUUUUGUCUUUUGUAUUCGUUGUAAUUAAAAGUUUUAGAAGGUGUUAUCCAAAGCUCAGUGGGUGUUUCAAAGGGGCAAACUUGCUUCACUUGUGUGGAGAAGGUUAAAUAAAUAAAAGAAAUACUGAAACUACCCAAUCUUUUUUUUUUUUUUUUUUGGUAUCGGGG